AUGACACAACAAGAAGUAACAAGUAUUAUCGUAGAUGUGUUAAACAUUGGAAAUCAUGACAAACCAUUGAAUAAAGUGAUAACUGAAGAGAGAAUCACAAAAUUAUUAGACGCUGGCAAAGAAAUAUUGAGAGUGCAAGGUUCUCUUGUUGAAGUUGAUGCUCCAAUUCGAAUUUGUGGUGAUAUUCACGGACAAUUUCCUGAUCUUAUUCGCCUUUUUCAUCGCGGUGGUUGGCCACCACUUGCCAAUUAUAUAUUUCUUGGCGAUUAUGUUGAUCGAGGUCGAUUCAAUCUCGAAACAAUUAUAUUGCUUUCUGCCUACAAAGUACGAUAUCCAAAGAACUUUUUCCUUCUUCGCGGAAAUCACGAAUGCGAAUUUGUCAACAAAGCAUAUGGAUUUUAUGAAGAAUGUCAAAAAAGAUAUCAAAGUACUCGAGUUUACGAAGUUUUUCAAGAUUUUUUCAACUUUUUACCAUUAGCUGGUUUGGUUGGUGAUCGUAUUCUUUGUAUGCACGGUGGUUUAUCACCGGAAUUGAAAAGUCUGAACGAUUUGAGAAAACUUGGUAGGCCAACCGACGCGAAAGGAGCACUCGAACUUGAUUUAUUAUGGGCUGAUCCAAUCAUUGGUUUGAACGGUUUCAUGGUAAAUAUGAAUAUUAUUUUUGAAAAAUCUUCAUUUCCAUUUUUCAGCCAAAUCAACGUGGCGCUGGUGUUGGUUUCGGUAAAGAUGUUGUUGUCAAAAUAUGCAACGAUUUCAAUCUCGAUCUUAUUUGCCGUGCUCAUCAAGUCGUUCAAGAUGGCUAUGAGUUUUUCGGAGGACGAAAACUCGUCACAUUAUUCUCAGCUCCACAUUAUUGUGGACAAUUUGAUAAUUGUGCUGCUUUUAUGAUUGUCGAUGAGAAAUUGCAAUGCUCUUUUGAGAUAUUGCGACCAACUACUGGGAGAUUGGAAGUCAGAGAAAAGACUUUAGCCAAGGAUGAAACCUAA